AUGGAUAAAACUUGGAUGCAAAAGAAUAGACGGAGCAAAGAAUAUUGGGAUGGUUUGCAAAAAAUCUUAGAUUAUGCAUUCCAGAAUUCAAGUAUAAAUGGGAUGAUAUUAUGUCCAUGUAAAGAAUGUAAGUGUGGUGUAUGUAUUACCAGGGAGAAUGCAGAACUUCAUUUGAAAGUUUAUGGUUUUGUUAAAGGAUACACCCAUUGGGCAGCUCAUGGAGAAUUUGUUUACUCUAGUGCACCAAAACCUACUUCCCAUGAUAUCUCACAUGGGGUACGGGAUGAACUUGAUGACAUGCAUGGUUUGGUUCAUGAUGCAUUGGGAAUUCCUGAACAAGAUCAUACAAGGAUAGAUGGAACUGAAUACAAAAGCCAAUUGCCCAAUGUAGAAGCUGAAAAGUUUUACAAUCUAAUUGAUAAUUCUAACAAAGAGCUUUACUCUGGAUGUAAAAGAUUCUCAAAACUUUCAUUUAUGAUUCGGUUGCUUCACCUCAAAUGCCUUGGUAAACUCAGCAACAAAAUUUUUGAUAUGUUACUUGAUUUGUUGAAAGAAACCUUUCCGGAUGCGAUGGAUGGUUUGCCUAAGUCUUAUUAUGAAGCUGAAAAGUUAAUGAAGGAAUUAGGACUUGGGUAUGAUAAAUAUGAUGCAUGUCCGAAUGACUGCCAUAUGAGAUGGCAUACAGAGGGUCGUACUAAGGAUGGUAACAUGAGGCACCCUGCUGAUUCUCCAUCUUGGCAAACAUUUGACUUUCAUCAUCCAGAAUUUUCUCAAGAUUCUCGUAAUGUGAGGUUGGGCCUAGCAUCAGAUGGAUUUAAUCCAUUCAAAAAUAUGAGUUCAACUCAUAGCACUUGGCCGGUAAUAUUGAUGCCAUAUAAUUUGCCGCCAUGGAUGUGUAUGAAACAACCGAACUUUAUAUUGUCAUUGUUGAUACCCAGUCCAUUUGCACCAGGAAAUAAUAUUGAUAUAUAUUUAAAACCUCUCAUAGCAGAAUUAAAGGAAUUGUGGGAUGUUGGAGUGAAUACAUAUGAUGCAUCAAGAAAAGAAAACUUUCAACUUCGUGCAGCACUUUUAUGGACCAUUAGUGACUUUCCAGGUUAUGCAAUCCUCUCUGGAUGGAGCACUAAAGGAAAACUUGCAUGUCCUGUAUGUCAUAAAUACACAUGUUCACAGCAUCUGCAAAAUUGGGGAAAAUAUUGCUAUAUGGGGCAUCGGAGGUACUUGGAAAUGAAUCAUCCAUUUCGCAAAGUUGCUAAAUCUUUCAAUGGAGCUGUAGAGUAUGGAAAACCACCAGGAAGGUUAAUGGGGUCUACAAUUUUAGAUGAGUUAGCUGGUUAUAGUAUUAAACUUGGGAAGAAAGUUAGUGACAAUCCAGAAUUGCCAUUUAAUUGGAAAAAAUUAAGUAUUUUCUUUGAUUUGCCCUACUGGAAAGACAAUAUGAUACGCCAUAAUCUUGACGUUAUGCACAUUGAGAAGAACAUUUGUGAGAUCAUUAUGGCUACAUUAUUGAAUCUGGAAAAAACCAAAGAUAAUAAAAAAUCACGUCUUGACCUUCGUGAUAUGGGUAUAAGAUCAUAA